CAUCACCACCUAUUCUCCUGGCCCUCACACAAUAUCCCUGAUCUCAACAGGGCUCCCCACAUAAUGGGGCAGACCUGGGGCCCAUCCGUGUGUUUGUUUUAAACAACUAAAUUUUGCAGCUAGGGGGAGUUCAGUGAACUAAGAUGAAUUUCUCUCCUGCUUCCAGGUGUUCCUUUGCUGUGCAGUGGCAAAAACAAAUGUUAAGAAAGUUGGAACUCUGAAAACAGUCCCAAAACUUCUUCUAGAUAGGGAAAAAGAGCCUUGCAGUCUGCCCCAGUGGUCAGUAAACUAAGGCCAUUAUGGUCCAAGUAUCUCCCUCUUGUAUGGUGGCUUUGGAAAUAUGUAUUGUUAUGUGAAAGGCCAAAGAUACAAAUUUAAGGAGAGGGAUAGGCAGAGAUUGUAAAAAAGGUGUUGAGUCAUUUCCCUUGAGUAAGUUGCUGCUCCUUUGGGGUAUUUAAGUACAGUAACUCCUCAUUUAAAGUUGUCCCAGUUUACAUUGUUUCGUUAUUUGGUUGCUGAUUUAUUAGAGAACAUACUUCUUUUAAGUCAUGCAAUGUUCCAUUAUAAAGUUGUUUGGCUCGCCCUAUUCUGCCCGCCCGGCCCUCCUGCUGGGAAGCAGGGUCUGGGUGCAGGGGCUUGCCCCAUUGCUUCAGCCUCCGUGCCUCAAUCCCGCUCCCCGGCAGGAGGGCUGGGCAGGCAGACUGGGGCAAGCCCCCUGCACGCCGACCCCGCUAUGCCACUGCCUCAACCAAGCUUCAUAAUCAUUGGUGAGCACAGUAUUAAAUUUUGUUUAAAAUGAUUUAAAACUUAUAGUGUAUAUUUAUAUAAUGUCUUAUCUGGCGAAAAAAAUUCCCUGGAACUUAACCCCUCCCCAUUUAUGUAUGUGUCUAAGUCCUGGUUUCAGCAUCUCUGUGAUGCCUGAAACAGUCUGCCUAACCCUCAGGAGGAGGAGAAGGUGGUGGUGCCAGUGCCCCCCUGAUAACUUUUAGCUCAGUUUUCCAGUCUGGGUACAUACUUAAAUAGUCACAGAGCCAGAGAGACUCUGUAGUCGGGUGGAGCAGACAGUCAGCAAGAGACACUAGCUCCACUCACUUUCAUUGUUGUUUCCACAGAGUGCAGCAGCUUCAAGUGGAUAGACCAAGGGAGCCCCCAUCAGAAUAUCUCAUAGCCAGUGGUUACAGCACUCUGCUGAGAGCCGUAGGAGACCUGUGUUCAAAUCCUUUCUCCUAUUGUGCCUGAUGGGGGAAUUGAAUCUGGGUCUCCCCACAUCCCAGGAGCUCACUAUGGGACCAAAUGUUAUCAGCCCUUACUGCAUCUUGAAGGACAUUUACAGCAUGCAAGCAAAGUCCUCACUGCAACUAAUUUUCCUAUUAUCUGAAAAUCACAUGAUUUAUCAGUGCGUUGAUAAAGGGCUCAGUUACCUUUGAACCAGUUACUAUUUCCUGGAUUAUACAGUGUACUUAUUUAAUCUUUAUGGUAAGUCUGUAAUAGCUACACCAAUACCCACUGGCCAGUGAAAAUCUAACCUUUGGGUCAUUGUACUGCACCACUUUCUGUUAGGCCUGGUCUACGCUACGGGUUUAUACCGAAUUUAGCAGCGUUAAACCGAUUUAACCCUGCACCCGUCCACACAACGAAGCCCUUUAUAUCGAUAUAAAGGGCUCUUAAAACCGAUUUCUGUACUCCUCCCCGACGAGGGGAGUAGCGCUCAGAUCGGUAUUGCCAUGUCAGAUUAGGGUUAGUGUGGCCGCAAUUUGAUGGUAUUGGCCUCCGGGAGCUAUCUCACAGUGCACCAUUUUGACCGCUCUGGACAGCAAUCUGGAGUCGGAUGCACUGGCCAGGUAGAUAGGAAAAUCCCCAAGAACUUUUGAAUUUCAUUUCCUGUUUGCCCAGCGUGGAGAGAUCAUCAGCACAGGUGACCACUCAGAGCUCAUCAGGUAACACACAGUGCAGUCUCUUGAAAAUGGAAAAAGAGCUCCAGCAUGAACUGCACUUGAGGUACUGGAUCUGAUUGCUGUAUGGGGAGAGGAUUCAGUGCUAACAGAACUCGGUUCCAAAAGAUGAAAUGAAAAAACAUUUUAAAAAAUUUCCAAGGCCAUGAUGCAGAGAGGCCACACCAGGGACUCAGUACAGUGCCGUGUGAAAGUUAAGGAGCUCAGACAAGCCUACCAGAAAACCAAGGAGGCAAACGGAAAGUCCGGGGCAGGGCCGAAAACAUGCCGCUUCUAUGUUGAGCUGCAUGCAAUUCUAGGGGGGUCCGCCACCGCUACCCCACCCCUGUCUGUGGAUUCUGAGGUGGGGGUGGUAUUCGCAGCCAUGGCUGAGGAUUCUGCGGAUGGGGAAGAUGAGGAGGAAGAGGAGGACGAGCUUGUAGAGAGCACACAGCACUCUGUUCUCCCGAACAGCCAGGAGCUUUUUCUCACCCUGACGGAAUUACCCUCCCAGCCCUCCCAAGCAACUAUCCCAGACAAUGAAGCCAUGGAAGGGACAUCUGCUGCAAAUUUUUCAAGCCUCCCUACUCCGUCCCGAAGGCUAUCUCAGAUAAGGCGGUGGAAAAAAAAGACGCGAGAAGAAAUGUUUUCGGAAAUCAUGGAAGUGACCUGCAAUGAAAGAGCUCAUCUGAAUGAGUGGAAGGACGUGGUAGCAAAGUACAGGAAAGAUGCCAGUGACCAUGAGGACAGGAGAGAUGCUCGAGAUGAGAGGUGACGGCAGGAAGAUCAGUGGUGGCGGGAUGCAACUCUGGGGCUGCUGCGUGAUCAAACUGACAUGCUCCGGCAUAUGGUGGAGCUUCAGGAACGGCAGCAGGAUCACAGAGUGCCGCUGCAGCCCCUGUAUAACCCCCCUCCCCCCUCACCAUGUUCCUUAGCCUCCUCACCCGCCAGACGAGUAAGAACUCAUGGGGGUAGGCUUCAUGCACCCGCCCACUCCACCCCAGUGGACAGCCCAACCAAAAGGCUCUCAUUAUUGUGAAAUUUUUUUAGUGGCCUUUUCCUUCCCUACUAUCCUCCUCCCAAACCACACCCGGGAUACCUUCUCAGUUCUCUCCCUCUUUUUAUAAUUAAGUAAUAAAGAAUACAUGAUUUUAAAA